AUGAUGUUCCACAGCAAGUACUUUUGGUUGCCUGGAAUUCUUCUGUUGGUGCUGUUUCGGAUGCCGAGUGACGAUUCGAGCAUCUCGUCGUUGACUCUCCUGGACUUACAAAAGCAAGUCCCUGAACCACCAGUGAAAAAACACAGCCAAUCAUCAUUGCAAGAAAAAGACCACGCUCAUUCCACUCCCAAGAAAACUCUUGACAACCCAGAAAAGACAGGAGUGCCAGAACCAUCAAUAAUAUGUCAGGACAACGAUGAAAUCACACACGGCCAAUGGCGCCCCGUGACACUGCCUCGUUCUCCCUACAUGCCCAUGAGUCCUCGGGUCCGGUGUUUGCCGUCGUCGGCAUUUUCGCAGCCGUUUGACACGUGGGAAUGGCAACCAUCGUCGUGUCAACUAGUGCGAUUCGACAAGCAGGAAAUGAUUCGUCUUCUCCACAAUCAAACCGUUCUCUUUGUAGGAGAUUCCUUGUCGUUGGAGCAUUACGCGUCCUUGGUACACUUACUGGGAGAGCGGGCACGAUUGCCACCCAAAGCCAUCAAACACGGACGGAUUCAACGGCAUAUUUGUACUAGUGAUGAGGAGGCGUGUAUGGAUCUCGUGUUCUCCACGGAUUUUUAUCUGCAAAACAUGACACACGCUCUCUUUCACACGGCAAAAAUUCCUCGCGUACUGGUACUCAAUCGAGGAGCGCACUACACACCCGAUGACGAAUUGAUGGACAGUCUCCGCACACGGACUUGGCCCGUCGUGCAGCAAUGGAACGAUGCAUGUCGUCGACAACACUAUCCACAACAAAAGUGUCUCUUGAUUUGGCGCACCACGGUACCCGGACAUCCUCAUUGUCACAAUUUUUCACAACCCGCCACCAGUGUGCAUGACAUGCAAGAAUGGAUUCACGAAAAGUCCACCAACGAUCCCACUGUUUAUCGCAAGGGAGAAUAUCAUUGGCAAGAUUUCCAACGACAAAAUCAACUCGUGACACAUUGGAUCCAACAACCAGUAUUGUCACACACCACCAUCCACAUUAUGGACUCGUAUCAGACCAAUAUUUUACGACCCGACAAUCAUCGCGCUCACAUGAAUGAUUGUUUGCACAGUUGCAGUCCCGGAGGAGGCAGUGAUCUCAAUAGUCAAUGGUUGUUUCAUAUCAUUCGGGUGCAAGAAUGGCAACAACAACAACAAAGACUGUAG